GGAAGUAAAUUGUAGCCAUUUUUAAAUCACCGAUCAUGAGACUGAACCUCAGUGAUAUUGGACGAUAAAAUUUUCUCUAAAAAGUGGUCUUUUUCUUCAAGAGUUAUCGAAAAUCUAAACCAUGAACAGUUAAUGAUGUCUGCUGCUGCUGAGGAACUGUCGGGCUUGCCACCCGAGGUGAUUUGGGAGUACCAAUUUCGCAUGAUUCUGGUGGGCGACUCGACGGUGGGCAAGUCCUCGUUGCUCCGCCGGUUCUGUGACGGGAAAUUCGUGGAGGUUUCAGACCCGACGGUUGGGGUGGAUUUCUUCGCCAGGCUGAUCGAGGUUGCGCCGGGGAGGAGGGUCAAGUUACAGCUGUGGGAUACGGCUGGGCAGGAACGAUUCAGAUCAAUAACAACUUCCUAUUACCGGAACUCUGUGGGUGUGUUAUUAGUGUAUGAUAUUUCCAAUCGACGGAGCUUUGAGAAUCUCCAAGAGUGGUUACUGGAAGCCAAGGAAAACGUCACCAAUCCGUGCAGCACCACGUACAUGGUGAUCGGCCACAAGUCGGACUUGGAGGACAAGAGGGAAGUGUACAAAGAGGAGGGGGAGAAAUUCGCCCAGGCCUACAACAUGAAGUUCAUCGAGACCUCGGCCAAGGCCUGCAUCAACGUGGAGGCGGCCUUCUCCGUCAUGGCCAAGGAGAUUUACGUCAAACUGAAAAACGGCGACCUGGAGAUCAAGGACGGCUGGGACGGGAUCAAAGGGGGGUUCACGGCGCCGCGGGAAACGCUACGAUUGGAAGAGCCGCGACAGGAUAAGAAAAACUGCUGUGCAUGAUGAUUGUGAACGUGGUAGCCAAGCUUCCGUCAGACACUGGUUCAUGUUACCUGCCCAAAAUUAAUAAUAUUCCACAUAAAAAGUAAAAAGACGUACAUGUACAUUCAAAUGAGGCAAACGUGUACGCUGAGAUCACACACAAUGAGAAGAAUUAUCUUUUAGUAACAUAAACUUGUCCCCUCCCUGCUCCCCCCUCCCUGAGGCAACUUUCUAAAUUUUGAAAGGAACUGUAUAGACCUUAGGCCCAAAAAAAUAAGUCUCCGGUUUCU